GCUGGGAGAGGUGUCUAUCGGACGCUUUUCUCUUUCUUCCUUCUGGCCCUCUUUCUAUUUAUCCAUGUAUAUCGCUCAGACGCUCGAUCAGAGUGCCUCGUCUGGCCUAGGCCGUCUUAUCAAACUACUAUCCUUGUCCUGUGAAACGAAACCGAUCCCCACGAACCUGUAAAGAUGAUGGUCCCCAGAGCAUUUCUCUUUAGCUCGGUGUCUUCGCCGUUGAAGGGGGCGAGAAGCGAGAAGACUCCGGGAGUGCUAGGCCUUCAGGGUAUUGAGGGCCUCGAACUGCCCUCCGACGCCGACAUAUCUUCAUCGACGAUCCCCUCCAGCCCCGUCGUCAUCCCUCCGAAACGGGGUCCUCGCAUGACCUCCGUACACUCGCAAGCGGCGAACAAAGGGCCCAGGACCCCACGCAAACCGAGAACCCUCACCCCGCAGUCCUCGUCGGGGACGCUGUCCGAUCGGCCGGUCCCCAGCUCCAUCGCAUCGAUCCUGGAAGCGACUGCGAUCCCCGUGCGCCGACGGGGUGUAAGCGGACGAGACUCUCGCCGGUUACCGCGGGGGAACCAUGUGCAGGAUUUCAGCAAGCUGUUGUUGGACGGGGUGGGCGACCACCUGAUGGACAGCACGGGCAACACCGCGCUGGAUCUCCUGCUGAGUCCGCCGGAUGACACGGAGCGAUCGACGGUUGGCAGCGACUGCGACAGCGAGGCGCCGUCGUUCUCCGCGUCCUCCAUCUCCAUCGCAUCCACGCCGUCGCUCGACCGGGACCUGGACUCGCCGCCCAGUCUGCCUACGCCUCCGACCCCGUCCAGCCAACGAAGCCCCCUAGACCGUAGAUUCCUGCGCUCCCCGGCCUGCGAAAACUGCGCGUUGGACCACCCGCUCCUCGAAACAGAGGAGUGCAGCUCCGAGGACGAGCUCGACAUGGAGGCGUUCCUGGCGGCGGCCACGGUGCCGGCGGCGGCGGCAACCAGCCCGACGCCGUCGCGAUCCUUCCCCCGGCUCGGGGCCACCUUCAAGUCCAACCUGACCGCCUCGCUGCGGGCGAUCAAAUCGGCGGCGCAGACGGUCUCCACCUUCGCGACGCCCUCGGUGCAGCCGGACGACUUCCUGACGCGGUCGGUGUUCACGAUCACGCCAGAGAUGACGGACGACCGACGGCCUCCGCCGAUGCACGAGCCGCCCUCGCCCGCGCUCCGCCGGUACUUGAACCCGAUCACCCUCUCCCCGGCCGAGAUGUACGCCUAUCAGGACUACCACCCGCACGACGCGACCCUGGACGACGCGGGCGCGAGCCCGGUGGUCUCCGUGCAGAUGCAGACCUACCGGCGCGCGGGUAGACGCGGCGGCGGCCACCGCGCCAAGCAUCCGCAUCAUCCCAAGCAGCCCCUCGCGGGGUCCGACCCGGAAGGCCCGCCGAUGACCCGGCCCCGGGAGCCGCGGGAGAACAGCGACUUCCUGCGGAUGGUGGUGCUGGAGAUGAACAUGCGGCGCAGCGGCAAACUGCGGGACGAUGUGCCGACGCGCGCGCGCAUCUGGCUGCCCGCGCGGAAGGGCGUGCAUCAAGCCCGGGUGCUGCGCUACGAAUGCUACGAGGAGGAGGACGAGAAUGCGGUGCCCUCGCGAUGGGUGGGGGUUUCCGUUGAGAGCUUGUAAUUUUUUUUUAUGGAGGUGUACAUAGCGGUUGCUUUUUUGCUUUUUUUUUGGCUGUUUUUGGGGCUGGAGUUGGAUCGGGCAUACAUCGGCGUUUUCAUUUUUGGGGGGAAAGAUUGGGGCACGGAGCAUUCCUACAUCAGUUCUAUACCUAGCUUACACCUAUACUUAGCUUACACACCCUACAUAUACAGACAGACAGACAGACAGACAGAGACAAAGACAG